AUGGAGGAUGAUGAAUCCAUGCCAGAUAUUGACAACAGUGAUAACACUACUCCUGAUGUCUAUAGAAUGGAUGACACAAUCAAAAAGCAGUUCUUGGAGCUGUCUGAAAUGAAGCACAUACUGGAACGAUUGCUCCAGACAUCUACUGGUAUUGUUCUCCUUCUUUUAUAUGUUGAUGACAUGAUCAUUACAGGUAAUGAUCAUCAAGCCAUAUAUGAUUUGCAAUGUUACCUAGGAAAGCACUUUGAGAUGAAAGAUUUAGGCAACCUCAACUAUUUUCUUGGUCUUGAGAUCUCAUCCUCGUCUAAUGGCUACUACUUAUCUCAAGCAAAAUACGCCUCUUACCUCCUAAGUCGAUCUGGUAUUACUGACUCUACCACAUCCUCAACACCUUUGGAUCCGAAUGUGCGACUUACUUCUUUUGAUAGUGUUCCUCUUGACAAUCCCACUUUGUAUCAACAACUUGUUAGCAGCCUGAUUUACUUAACCGUGACCUGCCUAGAUAUUGCAUAUGCAGUUCAUGUUGUUAGUCAAUUCAUGGUUGCUCCUCGUACUAUUCACUUCACUAUUAUCCUUCAUAUUAUUCGCUAUAUUAAAGGCACUUUGGGUCAUGGUCUACAGUUCUCCUCACAGUCAUCUUUAGUUCUCUCUAAAUUCUCUAAUGCUGAAUGGAUGGGUGAUCCUACUGAUAGAAGGUUCACCACUGGUUAUCGCUUCUAUUUAGGUGAUGCUCUUAUCUCUUGGCGCAGCAAGAAACAAUUUGUUGUUUUCCGUUCCACCACAGAGUCUGAAUAUUGUACUCUAGUUGAUUCCACUUUAGAAUUAUUAUGCCUUCGUUGGCUUCUUACUGAUAUGAGGGUCCCACAAAGGUCACCCACUAUUCUUUAUUGUGAUAACCGUAGUGCUAUUCAGAUUGCACACAAUAAUGUUUUUCAUGGACACAUAAGCACAUUGAGAAUGAUUGUCAUUUUGUUCGUCAUCAUCUACAGAGCAAUACUCUUCAUCUCCAAUCUAUCUCCACCACGGACCAACUAG